CUGUGCUUCGACGGCGACGCGGGGCCCUACGCCGACUCGCACCGCUACACGCGCUUCGAGGACCUCCAGCUCGACAAGGAGCUCGGCCACGGCGCGUUCUCGACGGUGCGGCUCGCGAUCAACCGGACGAACAAGGACAAGUUCGCCGUCAAGGUCGUGCACAAGAACAAGCUCAAGAAGCAGGACAUCGACGCGCUGCACGUCGAGGUGGGCAUCAUCAGCAAGCUGCAGCACCCGCACGUCGUCAAGUACUUCGACUUCACGCAGGACCGGAGCCACUACUACAUCGUGCUCGAGGUCGUCGCGGGCGGCGAGCUCUUCGACCGCAUCGUGCAGCGCGUCUACUACAGCGAGAAGGAGGCGCGGGACCUCGUCUGGGUGCUGCUCGACGUGCUCCACCACAUCCACGGCAAGCGCAUCGCCCACCGCGACCUCAAGCCCGAGAAUUUGCUGUUGAAGUCCGCGCACAACGACCACGACAUCAAGCUCGCGGACUUUGGGUUCGCGACGGAGGCGAAGAAGCCCAUGCGCGAGCUCUGCGGCACGCCGGCCUACGUCGCGCCGGAGAUCAUCAAGGAGAAGCCCUACGGCCUCGAGGUGGACAUGUGGUCCUGCGGCGUCAUCGUCUUCAUCCUCCUCGGCGGCUACCCGCCCUUCGACGACUCCGACGGCGUCGCGGCCAUGUACGCGACGAUCAAGGCGGGCAAGUACAGCUUCGACGACCGCUACUGGGGGUCCGUGAGCCCCGAGGCCAAGUCCUUCAUCAAGAGCCUCCUCCAGGUCGACCCCUCGAAGCGGCCCUCCGCGACCGCCGCGAUGAACCACGACUGGUUCACCAAGCACGCCGCGGAGCUGUCCACGACGGACCUCAAGACGACCAUCGAGAACCUCAAGAAGUGGAACGCGCGGCGAAAGCUCAAGGGCGGCAUCAAGGCCAUCAUGGCCGCGAACCGCGUCGAGCACGCGAUCCACCCGAACAAGUGAGCCCCCCCGGGAACGCCGAAGCCGCGGACCCCACCCGACGACAAAAACAAAAAGAACCAGCAGGGCGGCGACGUACGCGCCGCCGGGCCAUUUUCAUAAGUGUGACCACCG